UGCCUUUCUUAUCGUGUGUGACAGGUGUAUCGCGUAGUGUAAACAGAAAUGAACUGAGAGGCGGCAAAAACUUAUUUGAAUACGUGUUAUUAAUAUGUAUAAAUUAGAUUUUGAUAACCAUAAGAGACUUUUCAUUCAGGAGCACAGAGCUUUUCCGGUGCCCCAAACUAAUUGCACCAUAAAAUCGUUGGGUCACCCAACAAUAUUUUCGGUUGGAAUUUGUUGUGAGGAGGGCGUCUCAUGGGCCAAUGUGUGUCCCGUAAGGCCGCUGGGGCCUUCGCAGCAUCUGCAGCCGCCGCCCAUAAUAGACCGUCUUCCAAGGUUCAGAAAAUGCAUAAAUUACAAAGUCCGGAUGACGAGAACAACAAACGGCCGCCCGAACUGGGCGGCCAGGGCGCAGCCAAAUCAGCGGCGUGCACGAAAGGCGUCGCGAUGUCGUUCGGUUUCAAGCGUCGACCGGCCACCGCGCCCGCCAUAGCGUCCAACGCCAGUGCAGCGCGACGUCUGGCAAACGCGGACGUCGCCAACGGCAACGACACGGACACUGAGCCCCUGACCCAGAACGCCGUGCCAACGGGCAGGACGACGCCCCGGCUGGCGCCGCCCAAGAAGGAACCCAACGCCACCAAACAGGUCAGCCGAUUCGGUUUCCGCCACGGUCCGGUCAACCGGCUGAACAAAGUCGCCGAUCUCAACAAUCAACCGGUCACCGCCGAGUUCGGCAACAACAACGGCGUUGUUGUCGGGGGCGGCACGACGAAACGCUCCCCCGGGGUGGCGAAGAGCGUUGGCCUGGCGGACAGCAACAGGAACAGGACCGCGAAAUCGGGAAUCAAUGUUCAGCCGCAGAUCGGAAGAUUUACUCUACAGUCCAACCAAUUGCCACGACCAGAACCCAUUCGUUUGAUUGAAACAAAAACAGCAAAAACCCUUGCAAACAACAGUCGCAAAGUAGCGAUGUACCAACAAGCGGAAGAGACCUCUUCCAAAGACGGAUCAUUGACAGAAGACUCUGGAGUCGGCAGCCAUUUAAGUGGAUACAUGGGAGAUAACGAAAGAGUCCAAGAAUUGGAAAGAUUGGAAUCUUCUCCCAUGUUGAAACGACGACUCGGUAAUCAAAAACCUAGACACUUAGAAGUAGUAGCAACAAGUAAGAAUACUUUUGAUGUGAGGGAUUUGAGCGAUUCUUCAGAGAGUGUAGCCCCCAUUCCAAAAUUGCCCAGUGCUUUUAACAACACUGACAACAACAGAGGCUCAUAUCAAAAUAACGGAUUAGUGAGAGAACGUACUCUUGAAUAUCAGAGACACAUAGAUCAUGAUAAUAGAAGAAAGAUAUCAAUAACUUCGUCUGAAGGCUUUAGUGAUGAUUAUGGAGAGGAAGAAAAGACUUACAAAGAUAGUUAUAGGAGCGAAAAGCAAUUUAUUAAGCCUACCUUACAACCAACGCCACCGAAAUCAUUCUUAAAAUCGAGACCCAGCAUCAAAGAAAUAAACGAUCUUAAAGGUGACUCAAGUCCGCCCAGCUCCGAUGACCAAGAGUGGGUCCACGGUGGCGAAGCGAUGGCCGAUGAAAUAAGUUUUUCAAUGAGCUCGAGCGACGAAAGCAAAGACAAAGUCCCAUCGACAGUGCUUUCCGCCUCCUCAUCAGUCUCAAAUUCCAUCGCUUUGGGCUCAGCCAUUCAGUCUCUUCUGAUGAGCAGUUCCAGUUCAUUCCCGAAACAAGAACCACAAAAUGUUACCCCUCUUAACUUUGAUGAUUCUAAAUUCGCACUUGUGGCGGCCAAUACUGGAGGGCCUUUAUUAGAUGAUGAAACGUUGGUCUCUCCUGAUGACAGCUUGUUCAGUUGUUCGGACACGGAAGAAUUGAUUAAAAGAAAGCUACAACGAAGCUCUUCUAACUCGAAGGAUAUCAACGAGAAACUGACACCUCCGAGCCCGGGCACGCCCACUAAUGCUUCCAACUCUUUAUCGCUGAGCGACACUAAAGAUGAUUUUCUGAUUGACGACGAAAUUGCAGAUCAACCUGCGUUAGUGUUCGAAGAUACGAUUGCGGUUGCUCACAAUGACACCUUAAGCAUUACAAUGUCACAGAAUAAUUCAGAAAAUACAUUGACCAUGGUGGAUUCCACUCCAAAAGCAAGAAGGAGGGGUGUCCCUGGUUAUGAAGGGAGCCCACUGAUGAAAAACAAGAAAUUUCUUCACAGCCGAACAGGAUCUUUGGACACGUUGUCCCCGUGCGAAAGCAUUGCAAGCGAUGACUUAAUGAUGGACUACGAAUACAGCCAAAGCAGUGGAUUAGAUGAUGAUAGACAAAGUAGUGGGUUUCCGUCUUUAACCGAACAGUCAAUACAACAAGAACUGGAUUUUGAGAGAGAAGACAGUAUCAGAAACUGGAAGACUCUUAUUGGAAAUUACAUGUCUGAGAAACCAUCGAAAACCAAUGCGACGAGAACGCGACUGCUGCGAUCGCGGGCCAGCACGCCCAGUUCGGUGCCGGAGUCGCCACGGUCCCUUGAAGGCGGCCGCGGCGCCGCCGGUGCCACCAACCGUUCCCGCUCCUUGGCCACCAGCACACCGGUGAAGCCACGUCUUACGAGCCACCACCUGUCGUCAUCGACGGCCGGUUACGACUCGGACGACUCGGUACGGCUGGAUCGUGCCAAUCACACGGCCAUGAAGCAGGACAUCAUCGGCAUCAAGACGAUGCUGCUGAAACUCAGGCGGGUCCUUAACGAGACUGAAGAAGAUUUAUUGUUGAGGUCGGAUACUCACAACCCAUUCGAGAGUCAGGCGGUGCUGACGAAUGGGCUCUUCAACAGUCUGGCGGCGGCGACCUCCACGGACGAUGGGAACAGUCGCUGCGACGACGAUGGCGACGACGCCAGGACCGAACUGGCGGAACUGCGACGACAGGUGCUGUUCCUGCAGGGCCAACUGGAGGACAAGGACCGUGCCGUGCAAGAUCUUCAGGAACAGAUGGUGAAGCUGGCCACCGAGAACUACCACGCUAACUCCGCUCCCGCCUCCACGAUUGCGACCGACACUUGCAAUGCCGCUACGCAAACAGAUAGGAUACGACCUAUAUCCGCUGGUCCAUCACUGUUGAAUGGUUCCUCACUAGAUGAAAACAAUGGAUCGCUUGUCAGUGCGAAUGAGAGCCGGAGGUCACGACCACCGAUCCAGGGCGAUUCGAGCGCCUCGAAACGGACGCCAUCAAGACUGAGGAGCAGGGUGAACGGAACGGCGACAAACAGUCCAGCGCCUAAGGGCGGGGAAGCGCCAUCGCCGCAUCGGUACGCCUCGAACUCGUCGCUGACGUCAAUUCCAAGGCGGGCGAACAGCCGCACCAGGGCGCCGCCCAAUCUCACGUGAUAAACUUAUUGCAUAUAGCGACUUAAUUGUAGAAUAAUUUGUUUAUGAAAGAAGUACAUGUUAUUGUUUGGAAUGAGCUAAUCGAAAUGAAUGUGAUGGUUUGUUCUUAAGUUGUCUACUUGACAAAUAUGUUAAUCAAAAUGUUUGAAUUAGCAGUGUUGGGAGCACAAAUCAUAUAAUUACCAGCAUUAUGUCUACUUAACCUAAGCUUAUCUCAGAUGCUCAAGAACAGACUUUCAUUAUCAAAUUUGUAUUUGAAAAUGGUAUAAUAACGAAGCUAGGUAACGACCUAUGUGUAUCCAUGUUCCAAUUUUGAAAUAUAAAUGUUUAGAUAUCAACCCCUAACCAUGUUGUUAUAUCACACAAUUUUAUGUACUUCUUUUAUAAUUAUAUUUUUGUAAAUAAUUUUCAGUAAGGGUAAUACUUUUGACUGUGAUUUAUUUUAUUGUUAUUUUUAUUGAAUUCCUGUUGAUUGUUCAAUUGUAAUUUUUUUACCUUAAAGAUGUGUGGAGUUUUUUUUGUAAUUUAAAAAUUUGUUGAGUUAUAUAUUUUUUUGAUUGAUCGCCUACUGAUGCGGUUAAGCGUACAAUACAAUAAUAUUAUUCUUAGAUAUUCGCUAUUUAUUUAUAAAAUUGUGCAAUAUACUGUUGCGCCUUCCUAAGUAUUACUAGUGUAAAUUAGAUUGUACUAUUUAUGAAAAUAUAUACUAAAAUGCAGUAA